GACCAGUUUUUGUACAUAACCUGCCAAGAUGGGACCAAGGAGAAUAUAUAAGUGCUGCAUAUGAGAACCUCUCUCAUCCCCCUCGCCUCAGCAAAACGCUGGCCUGUGUUCCAUCCUUUAACCAGUCAUCACCCAGGAAGUCCACAGCCAUGAAGACCGCGCUGCAAGAGAUGACUCAGUACUGGAGGCUGUACCUGUUGACACUAGUGCUUGGCGUUGGGGGAUCACUCCAGUAUGGAGUUCAAGUUUCCAUCAUGGCCUCGCCUGCUGAGCACGUCCAGAGCUUUGUGAACCAGACAUGGCUGGGCAGGUAUGACAUCCCUGUGGGAGAGUCCACCAACACCCUCAUAUGGUCAUUCAUCGUGUCCAUCUUCAGCCUUGGGGGUUGGGCUGGGGCUGUCCACAGUGGCAGCCUUCCAGUCAAAUAUGGACGGAAGAAGGCCCUCCUCUUUAACAAUGUGGUGGCCAUCGUUGCAGCUGUGUUUAUGAUCAUGAGCCGGACAGCUAAAUCAUUUGAGAUGAUCUUGAUUGGUAGAUUUUUGUAUGGAUACAACGUUGGUCUGGGGCUAAGUGUGCACCUGAUGUAUGUGGGAGAAAGCUCACCAAAGAAGCUGCGUGGCUUUCUCACCUUGACCUGCUCCAUCUUCAUCGGUCUCGGUAAACUGUUGGGCCAGGUGGUUGGAAUCAAAGAGCUGAUGGGCACAGAGGACAUGUGGCCGUAUCUGCUGGCCGUGAGCGGCCUGCCUGCCAUCCUGCAGUUUGUGUCCUUACUGUUUUUCCCAGAGGCUCCGCGCUACCUCUACAUCGACAAGGGAGACGAGGAUGGCUGCAAGAAAGCCCUGCACUGGUUGUGGCAAGAAGAUGACCUGAAGCUGGAGCUGGAGGACAUGAUGAAGGAGAGGGAGAAAGCCCAGGGCGAGAAGGCCAAGACUGUACUGGACGUUCUGAAAUCUCGAUGCGUGCGCUGGCAGCUGCUGGCACUGGCGAUUCCCUGUGCCGGUGUCCAGUUCUGUGGCAUCAACGCGCUUUAUUUCUAUGCUUUUGACAUUUUCCGUGAAUCUGGAGUUGAAGAGAACAAGAUGCACUAUCUCUCCCUUGGCAUUGGAGCAACAGAACUGAUCACUGUAAUAAUCUGCGCAUUUGUGAUUGACCGAGCUGGCAGAAAGAAGCUCAUGGGCUUUGGUUACCUCAUGAUGGGUGUGAUAAUGUCCGUGCUGAUUGUCAUGUUGACAAUCAAGGAUAUGUACACCUGGGUUCCCUAUUUCAACAUCGCACUGAUCUUUUCUGUCAUCUGCGUCUAUGGCUUGGGACCAUCGGGGGUGUCCAUGUGCCUGCCAGCUGACCUCUUCCUGCAGGCUUGGCGUCCAUCAGCAUAUGUGGUUAGCGGCACCAUUAACUGGCUCAGCCUGUUUGUCAUUGGGAUGCUCUUCCCAUACAUUGUGGAGGGAUUGGGGCAGUUCUGUUUCCUGAUAUUCGUUGCAUACUGCAUCUUUAGCGCAGCAUUCAUGUUAUAUUUUAUCCCAGAAACAAAAGGAAAAACUAUGGUGGAGAUCACUGAAGACUUUAACAAAUUAAACUUUAAGAACAGGGGCACAGAAAUUGAGAAGGGAGACUUUGUACUUGCAACAAAGUUCUAGAAGCCUGUAUACACCAUAUUUAUUCUGAAUGUGUGUUUGUUCUUGGUAUUGUAAAUAUGCUGUGUGUCCCCUGAUAAAUUGUAACAUUUGAAUUUGCAUUUCCCCACAUGUAAAUCCUUUGACUAAUUUAAAUACAUGUUCUAAGACAUGUUCUUAAGACAAUGGUGCAUGUAACAUAGCCCGGAAUCUGAAAACAAAGAUUAAGCCUACAUUUUUACCCAAGCGUAGACUUUUUUUUUUACAAAAAAUUGUAAACAAUACAAAACAUAUUUCAAGUU